AUGCUGGGGACACGCCAACAGAGGUACCGGAGCUUCGAUAUCCAUCUCCCGCGCAAAGCCUCGUUCGCCAGUCUGAGGCGCAUGACCUCGUACACUCACAUCGCUGCCGGUCAGAUCAAGCAUUUAGAACCCACGGAACACUGCGUCUCCCCGCCACCAGUCGACCCCGAUGCCGCAUCGCCCCUCUUCAACUCCCCCGAUGAUAUCAAGGGAUGCGCCAUCGACCCGCUCAUGUCGCCUCCCACUGGGAGCAAGGAGGAGAAGCCCAUGUACUCGACAUCGCCGUCGCUGUGUGCAAGUCGCCGCCCGCAGCCGUCCAUCGAGGCAGUUGCUUUAGAGACGAACAUCAGACAAUCCGCCAUCGCCAAAAGUAUCAAGCGCGCGAGUAAUACCAGCACUUCCAGAACGACGGGGUACAGGAGACGGGACUCGAGGGACCCAAGGAAGAAUUUCAUGUCCCCCGUUGACGAUGGCGGCUUCCCGGAGGUGGUUGUCUCCUCCCUCAACCAGUCGACUGUAUCGCUCGAGCUCUUCCGAAGAGAUAGUCUCGUGAUACCGCCUUUGAGUCGCUUUUCUCUUGAUACCGAGUCAGAUGACGACGAUGAGUCGGUGACGCCUCUGAACCUCCUCUCUGACGAGCCGGACUGGGUUGACUGUCCAUUCUGCCAACGUCGCGUUGAGACACGUGUGAAAAAGGAGCCCUCCAAGGUGACACACAUCGCCACCACCGGGCUCUUCAUCGCGACAUUCGGCAUGAGCUCCAGCGCCAAGAAAGACAAGAAGUACAACAUCACGCACUUCUGCACCAAAUGCGACCGCAUGGUCGCCCACCAACACCACGGCAAGCGCAUGGAGGCCCUCGGCACCACCAAGUACCUGAGAGAAGUCUCACGAUACGUCCGUCGCCCGUCCAUCGCCCAGAGCACGCGGACGCGGACCAGCACAUCCCACGAGAACCGCCGGCCGUAUAAUUUCUUCUAA